CCCCUACGAAUUCUACGAUUACGAAAUAAUGUUUCACUAGCGUUGCUACUUGCUAGCUAGGAACAAGUGAUCCAAACCAAAGUGAAGACAAAGGCAAAAGGAAAAUGAAGUGAAAAAAAAAAAAAAAACGAAAACAAAUAAACCCCUCAACCAAGACUAAAACUGCCUUAUUAAUCAAUUGGUCGAGCGAGUGGUUUUGUUCUGUAAUAGUGCGCCUCUUCCCGCCCAGUUACUUGCCCUUCUCUCUCUGCACUCCGACGAUGGGAAAUUCGUCCAAGGACGAUUCCGCCACCUCCGGCGACGCCUCCGCCGGCGACGUUCAGCCCGCAAAUUCCAGCCUUUACUCCGAGGGCGAGAGAGUCCUCGCCUACCAUGGCCCUCGAAUCUACGAAGCCAAGGUGCAAAAGACUGAGAUCCGAAAGAAGGAAUGGAGAUACUUUGUUCACUACCUUGGAUGGAAUAAAAAUUGGGACGAAUGGGUAGGUGAGGAUCGUUUGAUGAAACACACUGAAGAGAAUGUCCAGAAACAGCAAGCUCUAGACAAAAAACAAAGCAUAGACAAGAAUGUUAAGUCUGGUCGUUCAAAUCAAGCAAAGGCCAAAAGUUCUAUGGAUGCAAAAGUGGAUAAAGAAGACAUCAAGAAUAACGUACCAAAAGGGAAGAAACGAAAAACUGAUUCAGGAGCUGAGAAGGGAAGCGUGACAGUUGAAAAGCUCGUCAAGAUUCAAAUUCCUGCAACAUUGAAGAAACAACUUGUUGAUGAUUGGGAGUAUGUUACUCAGCAGGAUAAGCUUGUAAAACUCCCCCGUUCGCCAACUGUGGAUGAGAUUCUAACAAAGUUCCUUGAAUACAAGACAAAGAAGGAUGGCAUGGGGGCUGAUUCUAUUGGUGAAAUUUUGAAAGGAAUAAGGUGUUAUUUCGAUAAAUCUUUGCCUACAAUGCUCUUAUACAAAAGAGAACGCAAGCAAUAUAGUGAAGUUGUUGCAAAUGAUGUCUCUCCGUCAACCAUAUAUGGAGCUGAACAUUUAUUGCGCCUCUUUGUUAAGUUACCUGAGCUUUUGGUGUAUGUGAACAUUGAAGAGGAAACGAUGACUCGCUUGCAGCAGAAACUACUCGACUUUCUCAAGUUUUUGCAAAAGAAUCAGAGUAUUUUCUUUCUGUCAGCAUAUGAUGGUGCCAAAGUAUCCGAAGGAAAAGGCAAAGGCAAGGAUGACUGAGAAGCUUUUUGCUCAGUUAAAUUGAAGUCUUUCUCAUCUGUUGUAAUAUGAAUGAUCAAUUAGCAUAUACAAAUAGCAUAUUUUCCCUGAAAAAUCCUUGGGAGAAACUCGAUUGUUGUUGUAACAAUAUUGACUAGAGUCUAAUCCAUUCUUUGAUUAUUCAAGCUUACAAUGUGUUAAUGAACUAUCGAUGGCUCACGUCUUGUGAAACUU